AUGACGACAGUUCGCACCACCACCAGGGAAGACGGCGUGGCCGUCGUCGAAUUCAACCGGCCCAGCAAGCGCAAUGCCUUCUCGCAGGCCAUGAUCGACGAGUUCACUUCGCAACUCCGCGCUCUCGAUGGGGACUCGCAGGUGCGGGCCGUCGUUGUCACCGGGUCGCCUGGAGGGCCUUUUUCCGCCGGAGUGGAUCUCAGAGAGCUGGUCCAGAUGACCGAGGCCGAGGCGCACGAGCGACGAUUCCUCCGGGACCUGACAGACGCGCUUGCAGCUUUCAGCAAGCCGCUCGUUGCGGCCGUCGUGGGGUUCGCGCUUGGCGGCGGGUUCGAGGUUGCGUUGUUGUGUGACAUCAUCUACGCCGCCGAUGAUGCCCUGAUGGGGCUGCCCGAGAUCCGAAUAGGCACCAUUCCGGGCGCCGGCGGCACCCAGCUACUUGCCGCGCUGCUAGGCAAGCACAAGGCCAUGGAGUUUAUUCUCACCGGCGCCUCGACCAGCGGCCUGGAGCUGGAGCGACUGGGCCUGGUCAAUCGCACCUUCCCUGCCGAUCGCGUGCUGCACGAGGCUCUGCAGCUGGCCGCCCGCAUCGCAUCCAUGUCGCAAGCCGUUGCCAAGCUGGCGAAACGCUCCGUCCUGAACGCCUCGGAGAACCUACUUCCCGCCGGCAUGGACAGAGAAAAAGACCUGUACUACGCUUCUUUCUCCACCCACGACUGCAAGGAGGGCAUGGCUGCCUUUUUGGAGAAGCGCCCUCCGAGGUUCGAGCACCGAUGA